UCUGCAGAUGCUUCGAUAUGACGAUCAGCAGUACUUCGAAGUACCCCGUAAGAUUUGGCUAUAGCAGUCACAGCCAUGCUGUGUCACCGUAUAUUACUUUGAGUAUUCUGGUAGCGGGGAUCGUCGGAGGGCUCAUCAUCGUGGUAGCUUUCAUCCUGUUCUGCAAAUACUGUGUCAAAAGAAAAGGAACAUUACGAAGGGACCAGGGCACAGACUGUGAACGCUCUUCGGAGCGACGUUUCAAGGCCUUUCAACGGUAUGAGACGAUCAACUCCGACGUAUUUUCUGAGCCCAGCACGGGAUCGAUGGACGGAGUACCGGUCAACCAAAGGAGACUUUUUGAAACCAAAAGUCAUGAGAAAAUACCCGACAUUGAAGAAGCCACUGAAAACACCAAACUAAGCACGGAGUUUGAAAAAGCAGCGUUUUGUGAGACGACAGUUGAACCAGAGCGACAGGACCAGUGUGAACCGGAAGUGCUAGAGGGCGCAACGAGUCACGUGUCAGAAACGAGGGAGAUUGAAGAGCCAACGGGAAGGCGAGUAUCUUUCCAGCUGGACAACCUAUCCACCACACCAACUGGAUAUCUCCGCAAAGGAAGAAGAUAUACCGAUGGAGACUUCCAUUACUUGAAAAGAGCUCGAAUUAGCAAGCACACUCCUCCUAGACAGACCUCGUUUAAUCCCUCUGUGACUCGCGAACGAGAAAUAUAUUCAAGGGAGACAAACGCCAUUAACGCCGCAUCAAAUUCGGGGUACUACAAGUGUGGACCGUGCGCCCAAGGUGGAGACGAAUGUCAUCCUCCAUUCACUCAUGAAUACGUGCUAGAUAGCCCUUCAUCAAACCAUGGCGAAACGGAUAUUUUACCAAAAAUUCUUGAUGUAGAUGUUGAAGUUCAUGGACAUUUUGAACUGAGCAAUGCCAACAAAGAAUGUCGUUCAUCCGGUAAUUUAGAGAGCCAAGGUUAUACCUAUGGACAUUAUUCGCGACGACAAUCAAAAAUAAAGGACAUUCAGCCAACAUCUUAUAGCAUGGAUGGCGCAUCGCCUAGGCAGAGUCGUUCUCAAAAGGAUAAACGUAGAGUGAAAAGUUACGAUGAUGUUUUUUAUCAUGAUUACGAUGUACUCAAAAUAACAGAAUUCUCGAGAGGACCUUAUUUCAACAGUGAAUUCGAUCCCAUUAUGGAAGUUGAAAAUCUUGCCUCAAGCAAAGUGCGAUAUAAUGAUAUGGGUAGUUUAGAAAUACUAAAUGAAGAUAAGUUGGAGAUGUAUGAUGAAUAUGAAUUCGAGAAUAAUAUUAUUCCAGAUGAAAGUGAUGCGGACACUGAAACGACUAUCAAUGGGACUCAAAAGUUCAGAGAAAUAUGGAAUUUACGAGCAACUUUUGAAGAAGAGGAAGAAUGUAGUGAUACACUUCGUAUGGAAGAUAUGGCCUCGCCAGAAGAAUCCUCACCGGAAAGGUCUCAAGGCGGUCAUUCGUAUUCUCCUACGUAUCACAAGAAGAAUUGCAGCGUUAACCCAAACACAUGCAGUGGAACAAAUAGCCCUAGUCCACGAAGAAGACGCAGUGACGCUGGACCUUCGGUACAGUAUGUUGAUCCUCUUCAUGUUGAUCCUGAGGAUUCCAACCUGUUACAUCCUAAUUAUGAAAACAGAAGAGACGACUUUAGAAAGGUUGUAAACAGAAGAUAUCAAAAACGUGGGUCUACAAGUGCUGAAAAUAGUUUUGACAGUGUCGAAACUGGUGAUACCGAUGGGGAUGCUACUGAAUCCAGUCGUCACGAGGUUACCACAAGUUUCGAAUCUACAACUGACAACACCGACAGUACAAAUGAUAGCCAAACUAGUAGACUUAGACAAAUGAAAGCCGAUAGCGGUUAUAAGUCUCUAGAAACCCCACAUCCCCCUGUUCCGACAAAUGGGGCUAAGAAAGCACAUAGUUUAGAUGAUGAAAUAUUAGUGCUUGGGAGUGAAAUAACGCAUCAAGCGGAAGUGUUGGAGGCAGUUGGUGCAAAUGAGUCUGUGCCUAGGCGAUGUAGCCUGUUUGAAAAGCGCAGAGGUCGGACAGCCUCCAAACGUAGACGCGAAUAUAGCAGAGAUAGACAGGUUGUGCGAUUGAAUGAAAGUGUGCAUGAACCUGAAACUGAUUCUACUCGCUCAGACCAGCCAUCUGGUAGCAGUUUGGAAGAACCAUCGACACCAAACACAAAAAUGUCAGUAUUCUCGCGGUUUUUUAAAUCCCACAAAUCUCGUACUAAGAGUCUUUCAAGAGAUUUUAGCAUAGACGAAAAGUCGAACAAUAUGUUUCAGGAGUUCAUUCGUUACGACCCUAAGUAUGAAGAACAUCGCGGUAGUACAGCAGGCUUAGAGAAGCGGAGACACAGGCUUCAGAGGAAGUUUACUGAUCCCGGUCCGGGAUUUUACUACGAAGACAGGAAAUGGCUAUCUCCUGAAAUGAGAAGCAUAAGUCUUGGAAGUGACAGCAGUGCUAGCUCAGCAAGAAAAAUAUCACCUCAAGACAGCAUAGAAGAACAGUAUGAAGAGGAAGACAUUGACGCUGCAGUUCAACAUCACAAAAACAGAAUUAUUGAAGAACAUGAACACGUGGUAUCGGUGGAAGUGACGUCACAUGCUGAAGUCACAACUCCAAACGUGUCUGUUCAUGAGAUUCCAAUAAUUAAGCUACCGGAAGGCGAAAGUGUCGAUGUUGACGCAUAACUAUAUAAUAUAUUUUGUUAGUUCGAUUUAUUUUUGCAAUCAGAAAAGCGUUUUUAGGUAUGAUCAUGUAUUUAAUUAGCGUUCAGAGCAUGAAAAAAACCUUUUUAAAACCAUUUGAUAUUUUAACGACGGUGUACUGCAUUUCUAUAAACCAUUGAUUUUUAUCCAUUUGCUCAUAUAUGUCGUUUGACAUAUAACUCAUUUAAAAACAUUUCAUUUUCAAAAGUCAGUAGACUGGUAUAAUUUUUUAGAAGUGAACGUCCCUUUACGGCAUAAAAAUGUGUUUUCCCAUUGUAAACAUAUUUAAUUGCAAUUGUUUAUAAUUUAUUGAAAUCCUGUAUUGUUUUUAUGGAUUAUACCAGACAUAAAAUAUGUAUUACGUAAUAGAAUAUGCCAAAACCAAGUAGCACAAACACAGUGCCUUUCAACAAAUAAUCUUCCAAAGGGGAAUAACACCAUUUCAAGUGGUAAAAGCGAAAAAGUUCUAUUUGUUUCCUUUUUAUGUCAUAUAGACCAUUUUCGAUU